GGAACCUCAUCUGUUGCAAACACUUUGAGCCUUCCUUAUUUCUCAGAGAGGAAGUAUGUGGCCUGUUUGGCAAAUGCUGCUCUACAUGACAGCGUGAACUUCACAACACACUCAUUCGACCGGCUGCUCCUCGACUUGAUCAGCUAAACCUUGCUGGCAGCAUGAGAGCAGUACUAUGACUACGGCUUUUUUCAGAAAUACUGCAACCUGGAAUGCCAUGCCUAGCAUUUAAAGUUCCGAAGAACUUGGACAGAAUUAGCAAGCACAAUGGGAAAUGCUGUGAAAACUCCAAGAGCAUCUGAGGAAACAAACACGCCGAGCCAAGCGGGUCAGGAGAGUGACUUCCUUGCUGUUCUCUAUGACUACCCUUCAGCAGACAUAAGCCAACCUAUAUUUCACGUAGGAGAAAAACUACGUGUGCUAUCAGAUGAAGGAGGCUGGUGGAGAGUCCAUUCCCUUACGACAGGUCGAGAAAACUAUAUUCCAGGAAAAUAUGUAGCAAAGGUUUAUCACGGCUGGUUAUUUGAAGGCUUGGGAAGAGAAAAAGCAGAGGAACUUCUACAGUUACCCAACACCAAGGUCGGUUCCUUCAUGAUCAGAGAGAGUGAAACUAGGAAAGGGUUAUAUUCCUUGUCAGUGAGGCACAGGCAAGUGAAACAUUACAGGAUCUUCCGCCUCCCGAAUAACUGGUAUUACAUCUCCCCACGGCAAACCUUCCAGUGCCUCGAAGACCUUGUCAAUCACUACUCAGAAGUUGCUGAUGGUCUCUGCUGUGUCCUUACAACACCUUGUCUCACCCAGUGCACUAACAACAACACUGUGACGAAUCCAGUUCCUCCUGUGGUGAUGCGGAAUAAAAAUUUCAGCUGGAGAAACAUUCACAGGCUGGAGGUGACUGGAGAUACCAAAAGCACCCUGGCAGCAAUGGAUGACUCUUGCCUCAGCUAUGGCCUGAGGGAAAGCAUCGCUUCCUACCUCUCCCUAACUGAGGAUGACAACACUUCUUUUGCAAGUGCCAGGAAGAAGAAAUCCCAGUCUCUCAUAUACACAGGGAGCAAACGUAAGAGUGCUCUUCACUUGCCACCUACAUACUAUGACGACUAAAUAUAAGACAAACAGGAAAAAGCCACAAACUGACGAGUAAGAAGAGAAACCAGAGCAUGCUGUGGUCCUGCUGUCCUUCAACAGCUGGGAAAUACAAUCAGCUAAGCUGCUGACCAAGUGUCAGCAGUGCUUCUGCAUUUCUUCUUCUGAAUGUUAACCAGAGACCCUCCCAAGGAUAUUUCAGCCAUGGUAUAUGCUGGGAAUGUCCCCAGAGCACCAGAAGUGGUUCACAAACUGGACAAACUGAGACAGACUCUAAGUCAAAAGCCAAGUGGUGCAGGUGACCCCUCAGCAGGGGCGAUGCCCAGCAUUGUACAGAGGUGUACAGGGAAGGACUAACUGCAGCUCAAGAACUUAAAUUAAGUCUUACUCUGGUAUUCUCCACAAGGCUGAAAGCCUUCUUUACAGAACCUAUCUACACUGAAAAAAGGAGCAUUUUUCUUCUCAAGAUAGACUUAUCCAUUGUCAUCGAGAAUGGGUCAGAAAGACAUCAAAAACUGCAGGAAAGUAUCUAACAUCUGCCAUCAAAGAAACACCUGAUUAUAGUGACUCCAUACUUAUCUUUUAGGAGAAAAAAUUAAAAUCACUGACUUUACAAGUGGCAUUUAAUUAACUUGCUGGAUAUGUCCUGCAGUGCCAUAAAAUAGUCACAAAAUUAGAGAACAAGCUUAAUUCACAGAGAAAAGCAGUUUCUGCUUAUACCUGAGAUGGGAGCUCGGGCAUAUCCAAACAUGUAACUCGACUACUCAUAGUAAAGCAGAUAAACAGAGAAAAAAGAGAGUUCAAUUGAAAAGAUGUGAUGAUAUUGUGCCUAACUACAAAGGUUGGCUUGCAAAGGUGUGACCUUUUAAGUGUACAUGGAGAUAUUUUAACUUUGACUUCUGAAGUCAGCCACAUAUUUAUGUAUAAUAUUUAUAUUAACAGCAGCUUUUAAAAUAAUUAAACUAAGGGAAAAAAUCAGUAACUGUGGAUGUUAGAGAUUUUUCCUAAUAUCUUGUCUGACUAGAGUUAUGUCAAAAAGUAAUUACACUUUCCAUCAAACCACUUAAGGAUUAGAGGAUUUUUCUGAAAUUUCAUUUAUUUUUUACAGGUAUGUAACCUUUUUUAAGUUCUAAAAGACAAGUAGCAUUUUCCUUUGAGUGAUCCAAGGGUCACCCUUGUCUGAAUGUGUAAAAUGCUGCAACCUAUGCUCUCAAGGUGAGAUAGUUUCAAUCCCAUAUUCUUCUGUACCUUUUUGCACUGAUUUGAAUAAUGAAAAUUUGGAGAAAUAGAGAAUUUAAGAGGUUAUAUAAAUAUAUAUAUAUAUAUAAUCUCUGAACACCUCUUAGAACAAAUUAUGUGUUAUUUAGAUCUUGUAUCAGGUCAUUUGCACUAGCAAGAAAGGUUCAGAGAUCAAAAUAUUUCACAGCCUCUUUAAGCAUAUUUCAGUACUUAAAGAAUGAAUGUAAUUUGUCUGGUAAACAUUGAAUUCCAAAAAGCAAAACACACUCAGGAACUCUAGGCAUUUGUAUAAUCUGAUUACUAUUACUGAUAAUCAAUACAUUAUGGUGACUGCAUUUUAUCCAUGAAAUGUAUAUGGGGAGCAUUUCAGAUUUCUAAGUCAUGACUUGUAUUUAUUCAUUAAAAUAAUAUUCAGUAGUUACUUUGUGUUGCUUUUAGAAAAUGGAAAACGUGGUGUGCAACUAGUACCAGCACCCAGCCUUUCAAUGCUGGCCAGAAGGCAUUUUGGAUGGAAGGUGACAAAAGAAUCCCAGAGCCCACAGGAUUGGCAGCACUUGGACACUCUCUGUGAGAAGGAGAUAAGAUGUUCUGACAAUGACAAGUUGAACAAUCACAGACCAGUUCAGGGUGCAAAGAACCCCCAGGCAUCCUCUGAUCCAACCCCUCCCUGUUCCACCAGGGCCACCUUGAGCCAUUUGCCCAGGACCAGGUCCAGAGGGCUUUGGGAUACCUCCAGGGAUGGAGACUCCACAGCCUCCCUGAGUGACCUGUGCAGACACUCUGUCAUCCUCACAGCAAUGACAUGAUAAAGUGACAAAACCCAAAAACCAUAGGGAUGGCUGGAUUUCACAGAUGGUUAUGAGAAAAUUCUGUGAGGUCUUGCUACUUUUACAAUUAACUGAAAGACUUUAUUUGGCACCUUUUGGGAAACAUGAGCUUGAAGGAGAAAUUACACCCCCCAGGGGAUUUUAUACAAAUCCUACAUUACCUAUGAUAUGGUAUCAGAAGUACAAAAUUUGGGUAGGGAUGUUCCAAAACAGCUAUAAUGAAAAAAAGUAACCAAGAGAGGUGGUUGCUUUGUUUGAGAGGUAAUGAGACUGGUAAAGGGAGGGGAAAAGGAGAUGGGAAAAGAAGGAAGAAAGGGGAUCUAAAGAGUAGCUGGUUACCAGGAUCAGGGAUAUUUAGGGUCCAUGCUAGAGAGCCUUGCACCUGACUGCAGUAGAAGAGCAAUAAACCUUCUCUUUCCACUAUUGUCUGAUCUGCUUCCAUGGCCAGGAGGGACCUGGUGGAAAAGGCUGGAAGCUGCCCUUGACACCCAGCAGGAAUGCCAGGAUUGCAGCCCCUGCAAUCCACACCAUUGAUCCAGCCAUCCACAUCAAAAUUGCACUGGUAAAUUAAUUGAGCAAUCAAAACAGGAAGUCAAAUGCCAGACUAAUGCUCUUAAACCAUUUAAAACAAGACUAUAAUCACUGAUACCACUUAUUUCUAAUCAUACCACUGAAAGAUGAAAUAAAUUCUAAGAAGUCCUCAUGAGAGCUUUACACUGAUUUUGUACAAUCUGUUUUCAGAUUUGUUCCAAACAAAAACUAUUACAAGGCAGACACAGGAAACUCAAAAGCAUUUUGCUAUUUCAGGUGCACAUUUUCUAGCAAAGAAAGUUUCAUGCACCACUGCUCUCUGCAUGCUCAGGAACAAUGUGGUUUUAUCAUUCAUAACAAACACAGAAACCAGGAGCACAAAGCUGACUUUUGCAGAAGAGCUCUAUUGCUUCAAUGAGGGAUUUUCCCUUAGGAAAGGUACAUCUGGUAUAUAAUCUCAGUCUCAUGAUUCUAAUCUGUGUGCACCUCUUUUUUUACAGUAAAAUUAAACGUAGUCAAUGAUUUUGGUAUCUUUGAACAAAAACAAGAUACACCCUUUUACAGAAGAUGUAAGAAAACAACUUUGGCAUCAGUUUAAAAAAAAUCAAGUGUAUUUUUAAGUUACAAGCUAC